AAUAUACAAUAUAAAAAAAAAAGUAAAUAUACAAUAUAAAAAAUAGAAAUAUUACAUUAAACAUCUAUCAUAAUUUAUAAUCUGAUAUAAAAGCAAGAAAUUUAGAAAACGUAAAUAUAAGGGACAUUUUGAGACUCCAUCUAUACUAAUAAAAGGGACCUUUUGAGGCUCCAUAGGGCUGUUCGUUUGGUUGCCGCAGGUACCGGCGGCAGCGGCAGCGUCAACAUUUUGCGUCAACUCUUGUUCGUUUCGUUGACGCAGGAAGUUGCGUCUGACGCCGCGUCCGAACGCCACGUCCUGCGGCUGACGCCGAUAAAACCUACGGUCAUGAUAUAAUAUGCGGCAGCGUCAGCGUCAACGUCUGCGAAACGAACAACAACUGUCUUCAUUGACGCUGCCGCUGACGCUGAAACCUGCGGCAACCAAACGAACAGGGCUAAUGUUUCCCGAGAGUGAGAACCGAGAAAAUCUGAGCAACCCCAGCUUCAUUAAGUCUUUGUCUAUAGGACAAAACUGGAAAUCUAAAUCCAUGAGGAUUUUUCCGGAAGAGUUUGUGAGAAGCGCUGGUGAGGCUUUUGUACACAGGGUGGUGCUUAGUGUUCUCUGGAACAAUUCCUGGCAAUGUUGGCUCCAGCAAGAAAAGAAUGGUCUGUUUAUGGUCGAAGAAGAUUGGGAUGAGUUUGUGGAUGACAACCUUUUAGAUACAGAUGAUACCUUGCUUUUCACACACCAAGACACAAUGUAUUUUCAAGUGAGAAUCUUCAAGAAAGAUGGGAACGAGAUCACUUCAGUACCUCUUGAAGGUGAACCUGAGACUCAACCAUUUCACCAGGAGACAACCCCUGCCUAUGCCUCUGCAAAUGGAGGAACAAGUAGCCGAGCAAGAAAGGGUUAUGCUCAUGUCGAAAACCCUAAGCGAUACCUCUUAAAUCCGAGAAACCCUUACUUCGAGAAGACGCUAACGAAGCCGAACAUAGUCCUGUAUGUGAAUACGUGGGUGAUCGAGGAGUAUGACUUAGAGUUUAGUCCUCCUAAUACCCACAUGUACUUCCUUCUUCCCGAUGGAGAAAAACUCGAUGGCUACACCAAGGAUUACGGCGGUUCACAUAGUUUCCUUGGCUGGGCAGCUGUAUGUGAAAGGUGCAACUUGAGAACAGGAGACACUGUGGUUUGUGAACUUGAACUCUCAGGACGAGUGGUUUCCGCUGUUAGAGUGCAUUUACUCGAUGAAUGACAAGUCAACUCUACUCUCCUUGUUAGUCAGGUCAACAUUAGUUUUAACCCAGCUUAUUAUUGUAAUGUUAGAUGUAAUCUCUUUUUUUUUUUUCUUUUUUUUUUUUGAAUGAACGUAAAAUUUAUUCAAUCAAAACUUUUUUACAUCAAGUGCAUCAGUAUUAUUGUAUCUACAAACUCAAAAAGUAAUCGCAAUAAAGAAUCAUGGGUUUAUCAUUCUCGCUCCAAACCAGACACUCAAGCUCUCUUCAAGAUACUUGUGGCCAUUUCCCUUUACUGCCGGUAGUUUCAGUCUCAUUGUUUUUUCCACCCAAGUAACCAAGACCCUCUCAUUUCUUGGACAUUCACCAUGUCUUCUUGCAUUUCUUUCUCCCCAUAUACUAUGCAGCAGGGUUUGAAAAGAGUACUGAAUCAGGAACAUCUCUGUUUUUGAGUAUCUGGUGCUAGGAUUAGAGAUUGUUUCCCAUAUAUCUCAUCCCAAUCCACAGUGAACUCAUCCUUCAUAACCCCUCCAAUCAAAUCU